AUGCGUACUGUUGUGGUCCCAAUUGUGAAGAAUAAGACCGGUGAUUUUUCUGAGCUGUCCAACUAUAGGCCGAUUUCAUUAGCAACCAUUGUAGCCAAGGUGCUGGACAGUGUGCUGGAUGGUUAUUUGAAGGGGCACCUCCGUUUGAAUAACGCGCAGUUUGGCUUCAGGUCUGGAUUGUCUACGGAGAGUGCCAUCAUGUGCCUGAAGCGCACUGUCCAGUACUAUACAGCUGGAAGAACACCGGUUUUCGCGUGCUACCUCGACUUGUCCAGAGCGUUCGAUCUAGUAUCUUAUGACGUGCUGUGGGAUAAGAUCGAACAACAGUCGACCAUGCCUUAUGAGAUCACAUCCCUCUUAAGGUUUUGGUACAGCCACCAGAAAAACAGUGUGAGAUGGUCCGGUUCGUUUUCAGGCGAGUGCGGGUUGGAGUGCGGAGUGAGGCAGGGGGGGUUAACCUCGCCUCGGCUCUUCACUUUUAUAUGA